AAGGAGGAGAGAGCAAGGACAACACAACACAGACAGACAUGCGCCCAUUAAGAUGAACAGAACACAACAAUUGCAAAUUGCAAAGAAAGAAAGAAAGAAAGAACCUUUAGCUUUUUUUUUUUAACCUCUCUCUCUGCCUUUCUUUUUCAUUGAUCAGAGAUCGUGUUUCUUCUUCUUCUUCUUCUUUUUCCCACUCUCACUCUCGCAGUAACAGUCACCCUAUCUGUGUUAGUGAGAUGGGUAUGCGAUGGCGGUGCUGAGAAUGGCUCAGCCUCAAAAUGGGAGCAAGAGCAGUGCCAGCCAGCAAUUGGUCCUUCAUGACUUUCUGGGCAUGAAGCCCGCAGCUGAUUCCCCCAAAACCACCGAUGUCAGGUUGUCGGAGCCGUCGCCCUCUGCUUCUUCCGCCGCUCCACGCGCCCCCUUCUCCACCGCCUCUGACAUCGCUUCUGAAAAACAGGUUGGAAAUCAUCUUGAGGGAGUUCCAUUCUAUGGCCCAAGAAGUGAAUUUUCUGGCACUGAGAUAAGUAACAGAUUAGUGGGAAGCAAGAGAAGUAAUUCUGAUUCAACUUUUAUGGGUUCCUCCAGAGAUGCCUUCCAAACGGUCCCUGAUUCCUUUCAAAACUCACAUUUGAUGAAGGUGCUCCGAAAUGCGGCUGGAGGAGAGAGGUCUAGAAGGCACAAUGAUGAUGAAGUGUUACUUGGUAUGCAGUCAAUGAAGCCAUCUUCCUCUCAGUUAUUUCAGCCUCCUACCAACACUAAGAUUGAUGCCAGUAAAUGGGAAAGAUCUAUUCUCAUGAAUGUUGGCCCUUCCAUGCCACAUGCACCGCGUGGCGGGCAAUUGGCACCUUUUGUACACCAAAUAGCUUCAAGCAAGAUUAGAGAUACUAAUGCUGGCCCUUCAUUUAUCUCUCAGUCAGCUGCUGAUGAAGGUUCUAGAACUGGAAUCAAGGGCCCUGGAAUUUUAAGUACUAUAAACACAACUGCUACAGCCCCUGAGAAAACUUCAUCUGCAGUACUGCUUGGCAGCAGCAGCAGCAGGCCAAAGCCUGUAACUAAUAUAAUAGAUUCAUCCACAUCUCCAAGUCAACAUGGGCUAACAUCUGUCAGCCGCCAGAUGACUAUUUUUUAUGGAGGUCAAGCUCAUGUAUUUGAUGAUGUCCACCCUCAGAAGGCAGAUAUUAUAAUGGCUUUGGCUGGGUCAAAUGGUGGAUCUUGGUCCACUGCAUUCUCUCCUAAAUCUGCUGCAAAGAUGGUCAAUGAAAGUAACUUGCACAGUGGAGAAAAUGAAACAGGUGCAGUGAGUAAUGUGGCAUUCCCACAGGAGCUUCACGGGAAAUUGUCUAUUACUGGCAGUUCUAGCCAUGCCAUUGGGCCUGGUGAUCGAAUAUCUACUCCAGCAGGGGCACACCAAGGAAGCGUUUUUGCUAAAGAUGGAAGAAAUCCGGUUCAAGCAGCAGAUCCCAGUUCUGAAGACAAAAGAGCACAGUGAUAGAGUUUGAGGCUGAAAGGUUUUGUGUUCCUAUUUAUAUAGGAAGGCUUAAGAAGAGCUUUCUCUUAUCCUGAUUUAUAUUGGGUAUCAUCCUCUUCCUUUGUCAAAUUUUCUACUGAUCUUUCAACUCCCCCCCCCCCCCCUCCCUCUUCCCCUUUGGUCUCUUUUGUCUUUCUUUCUUUUUUCAAAUGUAUGUGGGAAAGCAAGAAUAGGAUGAUUGUUUAAAGAGGCCUAACAGAUAUAUCAAGAUAAUUUAUGAAGUGAUUUCAACGUUAGAAGCACCUUUAUAUCAUUG